UAACUUUCCCAUUUUGUUUUUUAGUUACUGACAAAAUGUCUGUUCCAAGUAGAUCAGAAUGUAAUCACUGUCAAACGGAAUUACCUCUUGUGCAUAUUCGCUGUUCAGAAUGCUCAAACACAUCAAUAUGCUUGUCAUGUUUUUCGAAAGGAGUUGAAUUCCGCAAUCAUUUGAAAACUCAUUCAUACAAGAUUAUUGAUAAAGGAUCAUUUCAAGUUGUCGAUCCUAAUUGGACAGCCUUUGAAGAAAAACUACUUUUGGAUGGAAUUGAACAAUUUGGCAUUGGAAACUGGGAGGAUGUAGCGGUUCACAUUGGUGAAAGAACUUCAAAAGAAGUGGAGGAGCAUUAUUACGCUUCUUAUAUUGAAAGUGUCGAUCUUGGGCGAGUGACUGUGCCAAAUGAUAUCCCUAAUAGGAUGACAGAUCAUACACCACCAUUGCAUGAAUCGAUUCUGUCUAUCCAGUUGCCUCGUUUGGAUUUGGAUAAAGAAGAAGAGCUAGAAUUGGCUUAUAUGCCAUUGAGAGAUGAUUAUGAAAUGGAACAUGAUAACGAGGCUGAAAUACUAAUCAGUGGCUUGGCAAUAAAUGGUGAUGAGGAUGAACUAGACCUUGAUUUGAAAGUUGCCCAAGUAGGAAUGUAUCUUGACAAAUUAAAAGAACGGCACAGAAGAAAAAGUGUAGCGAGGGAAUACCAUCUGGUGGAAAAAUUUAUCGGUAAACCAUUACCUGGAGCCAAACAAGAUCGAGAUUAUUUGAAACGUCUACGUUUAUGCUUUCAAUAUAUGCGAGAAGAACAAGCUCUUAAUUUUGCAAGAGAUGCAAGGAAAGAACAAAUUUUGAAAACAAAGAUUAAGCAUUUAAAAAUGUAUCGUAAAAAUGGAAUAAAAAGGCUAGAGGAUGGUGUGGUAUUCGACGUCAAGCAGCGUAGACGUAACAAAAUUAACUCUGAAAUUAGACAGAGUUCAACAUCCGAUUCAAGUCAGAACGAAAAACCAAUUGAUAGACUGAGUUCAGAGUAUGGACAUCAUUUGCUUAGUUCUGAUGAAAAAACAUUGUGUCGAAUGCUUAAAAUGAUCCCAUCAAGAUAUUUAACAACAAAAACUCUGAUAAUAAAAGACUUUAUACAGAAAAAAUACGGCCUCGGAAUAAAAAUUAGAUUUCCAGGCUAUUUAGAAAAAUUUCAAAGAAAAAAGAUUCAAAGUUUUUUAAAUAAUAAUGGAUGGUUACCAAGAGUUUCUGCCCAAUAAUGCAUACCUUUCUUUAACCUCGUUAAAAACUUUUCGUGCAAUUCAUUAUAUUAUAUUUCUACUUCUACUCUUCAGUCUAGAAAAAUAGCAUAUUUGAAUUUUUUGAGCUAAAAUUUGAAUUGUAAUAUUACUGCCUAAAAGUUUUCAUCUGAUAAUCUGAUUCUCAUGAUGUGUACUCCUAUCUAGUUAAACACAAUGAUGUAGCAAUAUUAGCAAAAUAUAAUUGACUUCUGUGAAUAUGUGUAUUGUCACUAUCUUGUAUUUUUCUAAG